AUGAGUCCUGCGCGCGAGCUCAAUCGCCUGCUGGAAGCACCGUCCGCAAUGGCCGUUCCCUUUCCCCUCUCCACUGCAUUUUUGCUCCCCUACUGCCGGCAGCCCGGCCCCCGGCAAGGGCGGAAUAUGCGACAAUGCGUAACGAAACGAGAGCUGUUCCCGCGACACCUCUUAUGGCGUGUGACGCGCGUGCGAAACGCAGACGGGACUAAGACGGUUGUGUUUGGGGGCGGCAACGGGCGGUCAGCCUACGUUUCCAAGGACCUGGCAUCAGUCAACGAGUCAGUCCAACGGAAGAGGCUUGCCAGGGCCCUAAAGCACGGUUUACCAGGUGAAGUGAAAAAGGAGCUGGUCGACAAAGCGAUCGAGUGGGAGAGGAUGUCGGGCGAAGAGAGGGGAUUGUUGUUCGGUGAGGUUUUUGGGGAGGAUAGCGUUCUGGCCGCCGUUGAGGAGGUGCAAAUGGGUGUGGGUACGGGUGAGGAGCUCCUGUUAUAUUGA